UUUUCCGCCGUUUACAGAGUCGCCUUUGAGAUCUUACGAAGGAGCAAAAAUGGCGGUCCCGUUGCUUACCAAGAAGAUCGUGAAGAAGAGGUCUGCCAAAUUCAUCAGACCCCAGAGUGAUCGCCGAAUCACUGUGAAGGAAAGCUGGAGGAGGCCAAAGGGUAUUGAUUCAAGAGUUCGAAGAAAGUUCAAAGGUGUCACCUUGAUGCCCAAUGUCGGUUACGGAUCCGACAAGAAAACCCGUCACUAUCUCCCCAACGGAUUCAAGAAAUUCGUUGUUCACAACGUCACUGAGCUCGAGUUACUCAUGAUGCACAACAGGACUUACUGUGCAGAGAUUGCUCACAAUAUCUCGACAAAGAAGAGAAAGGCGAUUGUGGAGAGAGCUUCUCAGCUAGACGUUGCCGUUACCAACAAGACUGCAAGGUUGCGUAGCCAGGAAGACGAGUGAAGAAGGCCCUAAAAGAUAUCUAGGGUUACUUUUAUCUGUCAUUUACAAUUUCAGAGAUUAUUACUUCGCUUUUUUUUCCGUAUUUAAGAGUUACUGAAUGUUUCUGGUUUUAAUAUGAUUAAUUCAGAAUCUGUUGACAUUCGAUACAAAUUUUCAACGUAACUUAAUCGAA